AUGGAGCGCCUGAAGAACGAGGCCGAGUCGUUGAGAUAUGUCCGCUCUCACACCGAUAUCCCGGUGCCGGCCGUGUACAGCGACUUCGAGGACGACGGUGCAUACUACCUCAUCACAUCUUCCGAGCACAACGACUACGUCUUUUGCCACAACGACCUCUCGCAGCCAAACGUCGUCGUCGACCCCGAGACGUUGAAGAUCACCGCGAUUCUCGAUUGGGAAUAUGCUGGCUUCUUCCCGGCACGCUUCGAGUCACCUUUCUACACCAGACUCGGGCCGUCAAGUGCCAUCGACGGCGAAGUCGAUAACGCAGCCGAGCUAGUUGACUUCCUCAAGUCUAAAUCUAAGAUAGCGGCUUGA